AUGGAUUCUUCUCAAGCAUGGUCGGUCUUUCACAGGGCCCAAAUCGACGAGAUUAUUCAACAGGGCCGACAAGAUACCCUGUGUAGUACCAUCAGCUCUCACCUUAAAACAAUCAAUAUACAGUACAUACUAAACAGCCGACCGGAGGAGUUUUAUGUAUCUGAACUCCGUGAUAUUUGGUAUACUCUUAUUCAAGCAGGCAAGAAUAUUACUACAGAUGAGCUUCUUGAAGAUGGUAUUUCACAGGGAUGUCGUCAAGAUGAUAUUGUACGUGAACUUGUCACUUUCAGAGCUCUUGGGACCCUGCAACGUUCAGUACAGACCAGCAACUUGGAUGAUGAUUCCAACAAGGGUACUGAUAGUGUACAGGGGGUCAUCACCUUCUCUGAUGGCCAUACACUUUGGUCUGGUCUACCUCUUCUCUCUAUAUGUCUUACUGAAGAGUUUACAAAGUAUUACUAUCAGAAAGACUAUAGUGCAGAGCAGCAAGGAAAUAUGGCAGGCCUAAUUGCACGGCUCCUGGCUGCUGGUUUUUAUGAUGGCCCUGGUUUAUGUGCAUUAUCAUUAUUCCGGGAGACCUUGGAGACUUCACGGCCGCUUGUUACAGAUGCAGAUAGCAAGGAAACCUCUGAGACACUCUUAUCACUGGAGGAUCUGCUAGGACAUCUCACAGAAUUAUGCCAAAACUCUGGAUAUGGCCUUGCUAUCUUGAGUAGUAGCCAAACAUCAGCAGCUACUAUGAGCAUGAUAAAGACCAAUGCUGCCGACUACCCGCACUUGUCUAACCUCGGUGACCUAGCCCUUCAAGCUGGUACCACCACUGACUCCUCUCCCACUGGGUAUAGUCCGCAGCGUUGGGGAUUCUGGGUCCAGCGACUCACCGAAUUGACACAGUGCGGGGUUAAGAGCAUAGAGCGCACGGCCAAGUUUUGUUUGGGCCCGAUGCGUUGGGCAGGAGAUGAGACCAAUCUUCUCCCAGGGCUGAUUAGUGAAGAACUUGUCAUAUUUGAGGAUGAAUAUGAUGAGCUGGCUUGUAUCUAG